AAUGUUUUGGGGAACUCAAAUAUCACAAGGAAAGACACAUAAACUAACAGCAUAAGAAGCAGAUGUUAUCCAUGUUUCUAAUGUUGCUAUUUCAGAAGGAGAAAAUAAAAUUUAAGUUUAUGCAAAAGUAUAAGGAAAAGAAUUUAUCCUUGCCAAUCUAGAGAAAAAUAAGGUAUUUAAUUAUUCAUAUAAAUAGUUGGAAUAAGCAUCUUUAGACUUGUAUUUUAGAGCUGAUCAAUAAGUAGAAUUUGGAGUUAAAGGAAAAGGUACCAUUCAUAUUUCUGGAUAUAUUGAACCUGAAUUAGAUAAUGAAGUAUUAAUUUAAUUUAUUCUAAGGAUGGAUUAUCUGAUGAAGAUUAAGAAAGUCUAGACCAAGAGGAGGAAGUUAGUGAAGAAUCACCAGAGCCUGUUCAAUAAGCAAAGAAAAAAGAAUAAUCUAAAUAAUAACCAUAAUAAUAAUAAACUUAAAAAUAAACAAAAGAAAAAUAAGAUUAACCAUAAUCAAAACCUUAAUAAGGAUAAUAAUAGUAAAAACAAGUAUAAUAAUAACAACCCAAAAAGGCUGAUGAAGAAUGGGAUGAUGAUGAAGAUGAUGAUGAAGGUCUUGAUGAUUUUGAUGAAAAUGAUUUGGAUGAUGAAGAUUUAGAUGAUGAAGAUGAAGAUGAAUCUGAAGAAUAAAAACGUAUACAAUUAAUAUUAUAUAAUAGCCUAAUAAAAGUUUGUGAAAAACAAUGAAGGUCAAAAGAAUAAACCUUAGUAAGAGUAAAAUAAACCUUAAUAAAAAGGAUAACAAUAAUAAUAAUAAAAAUAAUAAUAAAACUAGAACUAAUAAUAAUAAAAAUAAUAAAAUUAGAAUCAAUAAUAAUAAAAAUAAUAAAAUUAAAACUAAUAAUAAAAUAAAGGAAAUCAAUAAUAAGGUCAAAAACCAGCCUAAAAUUAAUAAUAAGGUCAAAAACCAGCUUAAAAUCAAUAAUAAAAUUAAGGAAAGCAAUAAUAAUAAAAUAAGGACAAUUAAAAUAAGAAUUUCAACAAGAAUGCCAAUAAAAAUUAAGGUGGCUCCAAAUAAAAAUAAUAAUGAGU